CUGUGUCAUGACAAACCUUCCAAGCAGACCUCAAACAUCACCCAAGUGACUGUUUCCCUUUACUUUAUCUUUAAUCUUUAAUUACCAAGCAUCUCACCCAUGUCUUGGGCAAAUGCUAGCAUGCAUCAAGAGGAAGCUAGAGAAUUGGCCAUGUAAACCACAUCCUGUAAUACGAGUCAAGCAAAAGUGAAAGCAUUUUAGAGCACAUAUUUACCUCGAAGCUCAACACAACAACAGAUUAAAAAUGGAGAGCUACCAGCACGAUGUGUUUUUUGAGGCAAAGAGUCUCUCAGAUGAGGAACUUGGACAAAUACAACUAUACUUUAAAAUCAAGAGAAAGUCUGGAGGAGGAGACUGUGAGAUCUACAAAGUGGGUAACAGCACCUACAAGAUAAGUUUUAUGGACAAAAAAGCCCAGGAAAGAGUACUAGAACGAAAGGAUCAUGUCAUCAAAGCAGAAGGACAAGAGGAGAUCCAUGUUUCAUUAAAACGUGAAAAUGUUGCUGACAGCAGCAAACAACCUACAGCAUCUGCAAAUCAGAAGUGUGCAAGUGCUAAAAGUGUGGAGAAGGUUUUAAAACUGGACCAUUAUCUACUACGCUUCUUCAGUGAAUGUAAAAGCCAAUAUUCAGAUUUGGAGACACGCCUCUCUAAGGUCUCCAGCACCUUCGAGAUCAACAUUGACUGUGAAGAGUUGGUGGUGACGAGGGACCCAGCUGCCGCAGAUGUUUUUCCCCUGAAGAAAUGGGAAUUUGCGGUGGAUGAAGUGUUCGAGACUCUAAAGUCGCGCUAUAUCAUCCACUUCGAGGUUGAAAGGGACAAAUAUGCGAUUCUGGAAGAAAACUCUUUCCUCCAAAGUGAUAAAUUAAAAAUGUAUUUUGAAGAACUAACAAGUUUAGCUGUGGUGGUCGGAGAACGAACAGAAGUAGAGAAGAUUUUGAAAUUUCUAAGCGGCUUGCAGGACAAACAGCAGAUUCAACAACAAUGUUGCGUGUCUGAGAAACAAUAUGACCUCAUCAAAGAGCAGUUCGAGCCAUACAUAAAAGCUAAUUUACCCACGCUUAAGAUCGCACAGGAACGAGCAGGUGUUGUUCUUCUGAAGGGUCCAGAGAAAGAGGUCCAAGCAGGUGAAAAAGAGCUUUUAAAAUUAGCACUAGGAAUCAAAGAGAAGAGGAUCCCAUCACAUCGUGCUCUUUUGACCUUCUUGGAAUCAAGUGGCAGUGUACAGCGCUUCCAAAACCGAUUUCAGCAGAGCCUCCGCAGCCCGGUUCUGCUCGAGACUUCAGGUUCAGAUCUUCUUCUGUUGAGUCUGUCUGACGGAGCACUAGAGGAGGCAGCCACUGCUGUGCAGAGAGACGUAUGUUUGGAGACUGUGCGUCUCGAAAAUACUCAGAAGUCAUCUGCAUUUAAUACACUGAAGGAGGAUUUGAGCGAGGCCGUCAGGCAGGCCAAUCGUGAAAGUGUUAAAGUGGAGCUUAAAUACCAGGAUGAAUCAACUACUGACCCCAAAGUGCAACUGGUGGGCUACACUACUGAAGUCAGUAAGCUAAAGAACAUUGUGCUGGAAUACAAAAUGAAUCACCAGAACCAUCAUGCUACCCUGCCUCUUCCCAGGCCAGAGAUGGCAGCGCACUUCCCUGAGAUCUUGGCAAUGACAGGUGUGAAGAAGAGCAGUGUGGAAAUAAAGCCAAUGUGUUUGCCUUCCCCAUGCGUCCACCUCACGGGACCUCGCUGUGAAGUUGAGAGUUUGAAGGACAGCCUUGAUUCAUUUCUUCAGAGUCUUGCCACUAAACAAUGUGAUGUGAAAGGACCUGGAGUUCAACAGUUUUUUCAAGGUGAAGGUGCAAGAACCUUGCAAUUAGUGAAGAAUUCUUAUUUGGUUGCGAUACUGCCUAUUGAUGAUAAGCGGGAAAGAGGUAAAGUGCCCAGAUACAUGAGCAGUAUCAGUCUCCAGCCAUCUGCAUCUGCAUCUGCAUCUUCCCAAGACUCUCUGGACUUUGACAAAGAGAUAAACAUUAAAGUUGUGGUUGGUAGCCUUGAGCAACAACAGGCAGAUGUGUUCAUUGCUCCAAUGAUCCAAGCAAACAUGACCUCAACCUUGAUUGGAUCAUCCCUGUUGAAUAAAGCAGGACGGCAGCUUCAAAAUAACUUCAACAAUGCCAAGGGAAAUCAAACUCUUAAGCCUGGAGACGUGCUGGAGGUAGAUGCGACACCAGCGCUGGGAUGCUCCAAGGUUUUCUUCAUGGAAUGUGCGCCAAAAGGAAAUAAGCACAACAGUGAAAAAGCGCUUCGCUCUGGACUUGGCAGAGUUUUUGAGCUGUGUGAGCAGAACUCUUGGGGUUCGGUUGCAUUGCCAGUAAUUGGACCCGGCAUGGUGCUGUCAAUACCAGUCAAAGAUGCUGUUAAUAUUCUUACUCAUGAGAUCUGUGAAUUUUUAUCUGGACCCACUGGUCACCUACACUCCAUCCAUAUCACAAUAAUGCCUAAUUAUGCUCAUUCUGAAGAGAUGUUUCAGACAAUCUGUGGGAAUCUGAGUGCAAAAAUGGUGGACAAUGCAGGGCAAGCUCUGUUUCACUCACUGACCUCUGACCUUGAUGAGAUCAUCAUGCCAGUACAUGGGAUUGAACUCCAUCUAGUGUUUGGAGACAUCACUAAUGAGACUACAGAUGCCAUCGUGAACACCACUGACUUUAAGGACUUCCAGACAGCUGGAGUGUGUAAGGACAUCCUUACCAAGGCAGGACCUCAAAUCCAGACUCAACUAACAGGGGCUCAGGUAGCGAGCGGGCAGAUCUUCACAACCCCACCAGGAGGCUUCCCGUGUAAGACCAUCAUGCAUGUUUGUGGAGAGAGAAACCCUGAUGUUAUCAAGACCUUGGCAAAAGAAAUAGUGGUUCAAUGUGAGCAGGGCCGCUACAGGUCUGUGGCCAUUCCUGCAAUCUGUGCUGGACAAGGAGGUUUGGCUCCAAAUGUGGUGGCCAAGUCCAUUCUAGAGGGAGUAAAGGAGGGUAUACAAGGAGCGAAUCUCCAACAUCUCAAAAAUAUUCGCAUCAUUCUGCUGAAGAUUAACGUUUUCUUGGCAUUCCAAGCAACGGCAAAGCAAAUCUUUGGUGGUAAUAUACAGUUAACAGCUCCUGGACCACUUGUACCUACCAGUGUAACCACCAGAGGGCACAGUGGAUCAACUAGAUCAAGAUCCCAUUCCUUACCCUUACCAGUCGCUUUGGACUUGACUUCUCUAGUAACAUCUUUGCCUGACACAGAGAACAUAGCAGCAUUUCUAGUCAUUGGUCACACCAAUAAUGAAGUGUCUGAUGCCUGUAGAGAACUUCAGCGGGCAUAUGAGGACCAGUGCUCCACACAAACUUUCUCUCCUGAUGAGAUUGAGCGCCUCACUCAGGGUGAGAUGAACCAGCUGCUCUCUAAAGUGGAUUCACUGCACCUGCAGAUAGAACAGAGCAGUUCUGAUAGAUGGGUAGUAAAAGGGCUGAAGGAUGGAGUGAAUGAGGUGGUUAGACUGAUACAAGAUGCACUUCGCAGACAGGUAAGAGAGAAAGACCAAAUCUUCCUCUUCAGUCAAGUCACGUGGUGCAUUCUGGGACCACGGGGUAAUUGGCAGAAGGUACCAAAAGACAUGAAUUUUAAGCUUGAGAAAGGAGAUGUGAAAGGUGGUAUUGUGGAUGCACAGGGUGUGAAAUGGACUGUGGAUUUGAGAACGAUGAAGGCCACAGCACGUGAUUCAAGACAGGUGACCGCUCUCAAACGACUGGAGAACCUUUCAGAUUUCACUUUGCCAAUCUACUGGGACAACAUGAGCCAAAGUGACCCCUUAAAGGUGAUUGACUUAGAUCAGUCAUCCACGGAGUACAAGACUGUGAAGGCGGACUUUAAGAAGACUGUCACAAAAACAGUGCUCAAGAUCCAGCGCAUCCAGAACAUGAAUCUUCGACGCUUAUAUGAGGGGCGUAAAAUAGAGCUGGAGAACAGAAAUGAUCCCAGUGUGAGAGCAGGAGAGAUGAUCCUUUAUCACGGCACGUCAGAGGCAUCCUGCUCAUUAAUCAUGAAGUCAAACUUUAAUCGCAAUUUUGCUGGGCAAAAUGCCACCGUCUACGGUCAUGGGACGUACUUUGCUGUGAACGCCAGCUACUCUGCCCAAGAUACCUAUGCAGUUCCUGCAGCAGACGGGACUCAGCUCAUGUUUGUGGCUCGUGUGCUUACGGGUAAUUACACUCUGGGUAAAGCGGACAUGAGGACGCCCCCUGUUCGUGUGGCACCUGACCUCUGUUAUGACAGUGUGGUGGAUAAUGUGCAGAAUCCCACCAUGUUUGUGGUUUUCCACGACUGCCAGGCUUAUCCAGACUACCUCAUCACAUUCAAAUGAACUUCAACAAAAAACAACUUGUCUUGAGAGCUAGAAGAUUUAUAAACGUUAUUAGUUAUAUAGUUGAUUUUACAUUUAAAUGUAAUCAUUUAGGGGAUACUUAUAUUCAGAGGGUUUGAGUUAGUUACCUGUUUUUACCUUAUGCCACAACUAACUAGUGCUCAGCAGUUAUGAGUGUAUUAGUGAUGCAUAUAAUUCAGAUUAUGCAACUUAAUGAUAGCAAAUAAAAAUGAAUGGUUUCAGAAAAUCUUGAAAUUCACAAGAACGCAUGAGCAGAAAAUGUGCAAUAUUAAUUGACAUAGCUAUCUUUAGAUUAUGGAACAGUACCAUAUGAAAUACUCCUGUGAGUCACACAUAGUUAUAGUCUGACGGAGAAAGAUUCAUCUGUCGCUUGUGCAAAUCACAGAAGUGAAAUGCAGCUAUGUAUAUAGCUUCGGGCCAAUCGAUUCAUCACUCCAGGAUAAAAACAGGGCUCUUUAAAAUGCGAUUUGUUCGUAUUCCAACUCUUCCUUCUUAGUUCUCAUGUCUGCUUCAGGCUCCUCGUUAUCAGGAAGAAACCAUUCGACGCUGUUUUUGGACGAAAUGUAGGAGUUUGCGCAAUUUGCCGACAAAUUCUUUCUAUCAUUAACCGGAAGUACUUUUGGGAAACCUAUGAAUCUAUGAAAACUGUCUAUAUUGUAACAAAAAACAGUUGUUCGUUUCUUAUAUUAUUUGACUAAAUUUCAGUACAAUCUUUUUUUUUUAUAGAUUGUUUGUUAGCUAUACUUUAACAAAUUUACAAAUAGAAUAUUCAAAUCUCCGACUGACUUGACAUUAUUGUCAAAAUGUUUGAAAUUCAAAAUCCCUCUAACAAAAGCAGUUGUGAUGUUUGCUAAUGAAUUGUGAUUUUUUUUUUUUUUUCCUGUCCUUAUCACAAGCACCUUGAGAAGCUUAUACAAAUGUACAAUAUGAUAAAUUUGUCAUAUUGGCUCACCUCAUGCUGUUCACGCGUCUGUCAGUAAAGCUCUGUAAAGUCAUCAUAAAAGUAGUCCACGUGACUUGUGUGCAUUAUUCAAAUUCUUAGUUUGGCUAUAUGAUUUUUGUGUGACAAACAGGCCCAAAGUUACAUUUUUCACUGAAAAUCCUCUCUAUCAUAGCAUAAUAGAGCUUAGUUGCCAUUUUGAAUUUACACUUCCUUCAGCCUGUACUGUAAA